GUCUUUACAUACAGUUCAGUCAUAAAAUUACUAAAAUACAAGCAAUAUCAUAAUGCGAAUGAAUAAUGAAUAUGACUUAUGAGUAUUGCAAGAAUUCUCUUUACUGACUUAUUACUAUUUAGGUUCAUUUUCAAUAGUAUGUAAACAUUUCUGAAAUUUGAAGUUCCAAAACCAUAUUUGAUAAUUCAUUUUGCUAUAUAAAGCUUUUCUAUGUACUAAAGACAAAUUAUUUACGCUUAAUGUGUAAAUAUUAGGAACGUGAAUGCACUGAUGACAUGAGUAAUAAACAUCUACUCAAGCUCAUCUCUGCUCUAAUUAACAGUUAACACCAAUUAAAAAAGUAAUGAAUCAUCCUUAGUAUUUUUCAAAUUGACUUGGACAUGUUGGGAAAGAGAUAACACUUGCAUCAAUGGCAAAAUCCAGUUACAGUAAAGUAGACGAAUAUGGAUUUGAACGCCCAGAAAAUUUCAACUAUGAGUCAUAUGAUCAGUAUAUGUCCCAAUAUUUCAGAAUAUUGACCCGUAGGUCACAAAGAUGGAACACAUUAAAGGGAGAUAUCUUCAAAAAACCCAACACCCUCAAAAGGUUUAUAAGAAAAGGAAUACCAAGUGAUCGUCGCACAUCGGUUUGGAUGCACAUUUCUGGAGCAGACAAUUUGAAACGAUCAAGUAAAUUGACAUAUAAUGAACUGAAAAUGAAAAUUAAUAAUCAGAAUAUAAUAGACACAAUCCAAAUAGAUUUACCAAGGACCUUUCCAGAUAACAUUUACUUCUCUACUCAUGAGUAUCUCCCCAAAAUGCUCUACUAUGUCUUGGCUACUUUCGCACACCAAAACAAAGAAGUAGGUUACUGCCAGGGCUUGAACUAUAUAGCAGGAUUGCUGCUUCUCGCCACAAAAGACGAGGAAGCCUCAUUCUGGCUCCUCAAAGUUCUUGUUGAACAAAUUCUACCUCAAUAUUACAUUGUAACUAUGACUGGCCUCUUGACUGAUCUCGAUGUCUUAGACGAACUAGUUCGUAAAUAUGAACCUGUUGUACAUAGACAUAUACACAAUAUUGGGAUGCCUUGGGCAAUGGGCACCACCAAAUGGUUCAUUUGCUUGUUUUCGGAGGUGUUGCCUACAGAAACUGUAUUCAGGAUUUGGGACUGCUUGUUCCUUGAAGGAUCAAAAAUAAUUUUUAGAGUGGCACUAACCUUGAUAAGGUUGCACAAGGAAAAUAUUUUACUAACAAGUGAAUUGGGAGAACUAAUAACUUGUUUUAAGGAUAUGAGGAAUCAUCAAUCUGUGAUCAAUUGUCAUCAAUUUAUGACUGUAAGUUUAUCAUGUUUCGUAAAAAUAUUAAAAAAGCAAAACACUUUGGUGUUGUAAUUACAUAAAGAAGGGUAACUUCCAAUGAAAGGAAAAAAAUUAACAAAUGA